CCCAAUUACAAAAGGAAGAAGAAAAAAAAAUCAGUACUUCUUUUUCAGAUUUGCCAUCUUUUUUAACAUCCCAUGCUCAACUAUUUUAAGGUAUAAGACAGUUUUGGCAAUAUUACACAUAGAGACUUAGAGAGUCCCACCACCAUUUUGAUCAGACUUUUGUUUUCUUUUUCAUGUGUUUUUGUGGGAGUUGAAUUGUCACAUUCAAAAGCUUGCAAGUAAAUUAGGCCGUGAGAUCCCAUUUUUGUCAAGGUGUAAUUUCCACAAUUUCACAACCUCAAGUUUCUCUAGUUUGGUAGGCCCCUUAGAUAAUUGUUUUCACAAUAAAAUUGUAUAUAAUUGAAGAAUUGAAAACAGCUUGAGCUGAUGAAAUAAUAAAACAACAAUUACAACAACGGCACAUCAAAAACCUGUGACUUAAGACUUCGACAAAUCCACAUCCAAACGACAAGAGCACGGGAUUUUAAGCUAAGAAUCAAUGUUUAUAUUCUAUGUUUUCUUGGGUGUCAACGAAAAGACAAUUCAUGCUUGCCCAUCAAUUAUUUUUGUGUUUUUACCAUCUGUAGCUCCAUGAAUAUAGAGAUUAUAAUAUUUUAUAAAAAGAACUGUAUUGUACAGUGAAGCUGUACGAUAGUUCACUGAGUAUGACAAACCCAAUAGCCUUACUUUGAACACAACAACAAACCAGCCAUGUAAUCUUCUGAACAACCUUUUUUUUUUCUAACCCUUAAAGGAGUUUAUCUUUUUUGCUUGAGUCCACUUAUUACACAAUUAUUGUUUAGUUAAUGUCCCACCUGACCACCUGGGGUCAUUGGUCACAUCGUUAAAACUAGGAGGCUCAUAAUGUCCAUAUACUUAAUCUGCUCAAGCCUUCGAGAUAGAUAGAUUUAUUUUGAAUGCUUAAGUUUUUUGUGCAUAGUGAUAUGAAAGUCUGUAGGAGGAAGAGCACUUGCAAAGUUUUUGAUAUGUUAGAAAUGAAAAACAUGCCUAUCUCUGAUGUUUCCAGUGAUAUUACUGUUGAAGUAGGAACUUCAAGCUUUCCACUUCACAAGUUCCCUCUUGUUUCUCGAAGUGGAAGGAUUCGAAAGUUGUUGUUGGAUGCCAAAGAUUCUAAAAUUUCGAGGAUAAAUCUUGUUGCUGUUCCUGGAGGACCAGAGGCAUUUGAGCUAGCUGCAAGAUUUUGCUAUGGGAUAAAUACUGAGAUUACAAUCUCCAAUGUAGCCGUGCUAUGUUGUGCAGCUCGUUUUCUGGAAAUGACAGAAGACUUCGCCGAGAAAAACUUGGAAGCCCGAGUUGAAGCUUAUCUAAGGGAAAUUGUUCUCCCCAACAUAGCAAACUCGAUAGCUGUUCUUCAUCGUUGUGAAACUCUCUUACCAUUUGCAGAAGAGAUCAACUUGGUAAGCAGGCUUAUCAAUGCGAUCGCAAGUAAUGCCUGCAAAGAGCAGCUCACCUCAGGUUUGUUGAAACUUGACCAUAACUUCCCUACAAAACUUGUCCAAAGUAUGGAACCCGAAACUCCUGCUGAUUGGUGGGGAAAAUCACUUGCAGUACUCAGUCUUGAUUUUUUUCAAAGAGUUCUAUCUGCUGUGAAAUCCAAGGGUCUAAAACAGGACAUGAUCAGCAAGAUUUUGAUAAAUUAUGCUCACAACUCUCUUCAAGGUCUUGUAGCCAGGGAUUCACAAAUGGUCAAAGGAAGUCUUCUUGAUUUGGAAUUUCAAAAGAAACAAAGGAUCAUUGUUGAAGCAAUAGUUAACUUACUACCAACUCAGUCAAGGAAGUGUCCAGUUCCAAUGGCAUUUCUCUCAAGUUUGUUGAAAACAGCUAUUUCAGCAUCAGCAUCUACUUCUUGCAGAUCAGAUUUAGAAAGAAGGAUCGGUCUCCAAUUGGAUCAGGCGAUUCUUGAAGACAUCCUCAUUCCUGCAAAUUCACAUGGAAACACUCAUAGCACCAUCUAUGACAUAGAUACUAUUGUGAGGAUCUUUUCCAUAUUCUUGAACCUGGAUGAGGAUGAUGAAGAAGACAAUCACUUGAGAGAUGAAAGUGAAAUGAUAUAUGAUUUCGAUAGCCCUGGAUCUCCAAAACAAAGUUCAAUCCUCAAGGUAUCAAAGUUGCUUGAUAACUAUCUAGCAGAAGUUGCAUUGGACUCAAACUUAAUGCCAACUAAAUUCAUAGCUCUAGCUGAACUACUUCCAGACCAUGCUCGUAUUGUGAGUGAUGGAUUGUAUAGAGCUGUAGACAUUUUCCUCAAAGUUCAUCCAAACAUUAAGGAUUCAGAACGCUACCGCCUAUGCAAAACCAUUGACUGCCAGAAGCUAUCUCAAGAAGCCUGCAGUCAUGCAGCUCAGAACGAAAGGCUGCCAGUUCAGAUGGCAGUUCAAGUGUUAUACUUUGAGCAAAUAAGGCUAAGAAAUGCAAUGAAUGGAGGUCACAAUCAGUUCUUUUUUGGUGCAAUGAAUGGUCAAUAUCCUCAGCGUUCAGGCAGCGGUGCAGGGAGUGGAGCCAUCUCGCCUAGAGAUAACUAUGCGUCCGUGAGAAGAGAGAAUAGGGAGCUCAAACUAGAAGUUGCUAGAAUGAGAAUGAGGUUGACUGACUUGGAAAAAGAUCAUGUUUCAAUGAAACAAGAGCUUGUAAAGACUCACCCUGCAAACAAGCUAUUCAAAUCAUUUGCCAGAAAGUUGAGUAAACUCAACAACUUGUUCAGGAUUAAUAGUAUUAAGCCAAUUGGGGGCAAGGCAAAUUCAGAAACCAGAUUCCCAUUUCAGAAGCGAAGGCGUCAUUCUGUUUCAUGACUUUGUGUAAAAGUAUCAAUAGUUCAAACGAGUGUAUAGUAAUAUUUUAUAUGUAGUGAGUGAAUGUUUCUAAUGUCAAGAGUUGAUUUGAUUA